AUGGGGAAUUUGCUAAACAGUUUAAUUUUCCGGCCACACCCGCCGAGCUAUUCGAGGAACCGACAUGAUCUUCAUUUUUUCGAAACGAAGCAUGGUAGUAAGAUAUGCGGAAUCUUCAUUGACAACAAGGCGGAUACAACCAUUUUAUUUAGUCAUGCAAAUGCAGAAGAUAUAGGAGAUGUAGUACGAUUUUAUCAGUAUCGCCUGAGACGACUAGGAUUGAAUCUAUUUGCCUAUGACUAUAGUGGCUAUGGGCACAGUUCAGGUCAUCCCACUGAAGCGCAUGUGUACAAUGAUGUAGAAGCAGCCUAUGAUUAUCUAGUGAAGGUGUUACGUGUUCCAAGGCAUAGCAUAAUAGCUUAUGGAAGGAGUUUGGGUUCAGCUGCAUCUGUCCAUAUAGCAACAAAGAAGAACUUGUUAGGUUUAAUUCUUCAAGCUCCAUUGGCAUCUAUACAUCGGGUUAAGUUAAAACUAAAGUUUACCCUACCUUAUGAUUCCUUUUGCAAUAUUGAUAAGGUACACAUGAUUAACUGUCCCAUUCUAUUUAUCCAUGGAACGAAGGAUAAGCUUCUUUCCUACCAUGGCACAGAAGAAAUGAUUCGAAGGACAAAUGUUAAUACGUAUUUUAUGUUCAUAGAAGGAGGAGGUCAUAACGAUUUGGAUAGUAGCUAUGGAAACCAAGUGUAUGCUGCGUUAGUAGCUUUCCUUUAUGUACUAAAAAAUAAUAUAAGAGAAAAUGUAAACAGUGUAUAUGACAUAUCAAAUGUGAACAUGAUGAAAUUAAGGAACAUGUUCAUUUCGAAUAAUACGAAGAACAUGAAGGAAAGAGUGAAAGAGAAGAAGAGGAAGGGAGAGGAGAAUGGAAUGGUGAGUGGUUCUGCGGGAAGUGUAAAUGGAAGACAGGGUAAUAGGAAUGAAAGUAGAGGAAGUAAUGAAGUAUUAAAUUCGUUCAUGAGUAAUAUGGAAAGAUGGUAUACGGAUGAAAGUAUAUUUAGGGUUUAUACAAAGGAUUCAGGUUAUGAUUCAUCACAAAGUCUUAGUAGUGUUUUAGGUUCUGCCGAAUCUACUAUGAGGCACAUACCAGAUAAUACGUUUUAUGAAAGUGACACGAACAUUAGCAUUGAAGAUCUGUGUAGAUUGGCUGGUGGGAAGAAUAACUUAAAUAGGAGUAAAUUGUAUAACGGUAAGGACAGUGGUGCUUCGUGUAGCUCAUUUACGAAACGUGGUUGGAUAGACAGAAGUGAUGGUGCUGUAGGUAACCAUCGGAAUGGACAUCGAGGAGUUAGUAGAGAACGUUACCCCGAUGGUAGACGAAUUGACAGUAAAGAUGGUCGGGACAGAAGUCGUAUGAAGGUGUGCUCAAGUUAUGUGUACAACCCGGCGAGGAGAGAAAACAUAUCCCCCUCGAAUAUGGACCAUAGUUCAAGCCAAUGUAGCCGCAGUGAUGUAUAUAUGGGUAGUGAACAGGACUUGGCGCAACGAGGGAAUGGUACCUGCAUGGGUGGCAGCUCCUCUGAAAAAGUGAACUCCCGAAGGUCAGGAGAGAGUCGAAAUAUUUACUCGGUGGAUAGGGUUCCUAGGAUUUCGCAGGAUAUGAAGAGUGUUGGCUCCUCCCCCGUGAGUGAAAGAGGAAGUUAUGCACGCAGCUAUGAGCAGUGUAAUAACGGAAGGGAAGAGACUACCAUUAGGGGGCAUAGAAAUGGAGAGCAAUAUUCAAGUGAAUCAAGAAAAGGUGGAGGAAAUAUGAACCCAAGUAAGGCAAGUCUGGCAAGUGUUUCAUCCAAUGAUAGCAAAAUCAGCAGUGUGGGCAGAGGACCCUUCAAGGAGGAGAGGGCCAAGGUGAUGAAUGAAAGUAGAAGGAAUAUGCAAAGCGAUACUAUUAAGCAGGGUAGUAGUGUUGUAAAAGAAGGAUGUGCCACGAGCGAACAUGUGUACUCAAAGAAUUAUUACAAAAAAGAAGGAAACAGGAUACGCAAGGAAAUGGAGAAUAAAAUAACCGACAUUAAUAAUCAAAAGAUUAACAGAUACAAUGAAUUUAUCUACGGAAAUCAGGAGAACAAAAUGGGUGAUUGUCCGAACGAGAUUAUGGAACCUGUACAGAGGGAAGUGUCUUCAGCUAGCAGCAGUACUUUGAAUAAUUUGAAUUCGCUAUUUGCCUACUAA